GAGGGAUGAAGAGACACGCGGCCGAGAUGCUCACAGUGAGUGUCGCGCGCGCGCGUUCUCGCGCAGUAUCGGCUCGAGACGGUCUUUCAGGAGGUUUUCGGGUCAUCUCCAUCAUCAUCAUUAUUAUCAUCAUCAUCUCCAUCAUCACGAGGAUGAUCAUUCUGCCUGGAACUAAGCCAAAGAAGUGACUGCGUCAUCGCUCUAGCUGUCCAAACAAGGGCAAACGGAUCUAAGACGGCGCCUUGUCAUGAGCAGGAACAAAGGCAGCAAACCAAUUGGCAAGUACGCCGUCUAUCAGCCUGUCGCAGUCCGGCUGGAGUAAGACAGUUGUUGUUUUUUGGGACUUCUGUUCACUCAAUAUCAGCAAAAUGUUCACUCCAGAGAAACCGGUAUGGCUACGUGCUCGUGUGUCCUGGCUGAAGCUGAAGACUCUGCUUCGAAUCUUCAUCAUGGCUUCAGGAGUAGCAGGAGUCACUUGUCAGCAAGUCCAGUAUACCUCAGUCACAACAUAUUACGGGAAACUCCGGGGGUUUAGGGCGGCAUUGCCCAGUGAGAUCCUGCGCCCUGUGGAGCAGUAUCUGGGCGUACCUUAUGCCAUGCCUCCUACAGGAGAAAGACGGUUCCAGGCUCCUGAACCACCCAAUUCUUGGUCAAGCAUCAGGAACGCCACCCAGUUCGCCCCUGUUUGCCCUCAGUUCCUGGAGGAUCGAUUUCUUUUGAGUGACAUGUUGCCUGUUUGGUUCACAGCAAAUCUGGACACGGUGGCCACUUACCUACAAGACCAGAGUGAGGACUGUCUGUACCUGAACAUCUACGUGCCCACAGACGAAGACGUAAGCGGUGACGAGGAGGACGCACUCAAACCGGUCAUGGUGUACAUCCAUGGUGGCUCUUAUGUCGAAGGAACAGCGAACGUGAUUGACGGAAGCGUCCUUGCCAGCUACGGUGAUGUCAUCGUCGUCACUGUAAACUACCGUCUGGGGGUUUUAGGGUUCUUGAGCACAGGUGAUCAAGCUGCCAAAGGGAAUUAUGGACUCUUGGACCAGAUUCAGGCUCUCAGAUGGGUAAAAGAGAACAUACAGGCUUUUAAUGGAGAUCCGCGAAGAGUGACAAUAUUCGGCUCUGGAGCCGGAGCGUCGUGUGUCAGUCUGCUGACAUUGUCCCACUAUUCUGAAGAUCUGUUCCAGAAAGCAAUUAUUCAGAGUGGCACAGCUCUUUCUAGCUGGGCCAUUAACUACCAGCCAGCCAAAUACACACGAAUGCUGGCUGAGAAAGUAGGGUGCAAUGAAGACGACUCUAUGGAAGUGAUCCAAUGCCUCCAGAAUAAGAACUACAAAGAGCUCAUCGAGCAGAACAUAACUCCUGCCAAGUACCAUAUCGCCUUUGGACCCGUAAUUGAUGGAGAUGUUGUGCCAGAUGACCCACAGAUCCUGAUGGAGCAAGGCGAGUUUCUGAACUACGAUAUCAUGCUUGGGGUGAACCAGGGCGAGGGGUAUAAAUUUGUGGAUGGUAUCGUGGACAGUGAGGAUGGUGUUGCUGGAAAUGACUUUGAAUUUGCCGUGUCAGACUUUGUUGAUAACUUGUAUGGUUAUCCGGAAGGGAAAGAUACCCUGCGGGAGACAAUUAAGUUCAUGUACACGGAUUGGGCAGAUAAGGAAAAUCCAGAAACAAGACGCAAAACAUUGGUUGCUCUUUUUACCGAUCACCAGUGGGUGGCGCCUGCAGUGGCCACCGCGGAUCUACACGCUCAGUAUGGUUCACCUACGUAUUUCUAUGCCUUCUACCACCACUGCCAGAGCGAAAUGAAGCCAGCCUGGGCAGAUUCUGCGCAUGGAGAUGAACUUCCGUAUGUUUUUGGUAUCCCUAUGAUUGGUCCAACUGAUCUCUUCAGCUGCAACUUCUCUAAGAAUGAUGUAAUGCUGAGUGCUGUGGUUAUGACCUACUGGACUAAUUUUGCCAAAACAGGAGACCCAAACCAGCCGGUUCCCCAGGACACAAAAUUUAUUCACACCAAACCUAAUCGCUUUGAAGAAGUUGCAUGGUCCAAGUACAAUCCUAAAGAUCAGCUGUACCUUCACAUCGGUCUCAAGCCACGUGUCCGAGACCACUACAGGGCCACCAAGGUUGCUUUCUGGCUGGAGCUUGUGCCACAUUUGCACAACAUCAACGAACUUUUCCAAUAUGUAUCGUCAACCACCAAGAUCCCUCCUCAGGAUACGACUCCUUACUCAUACACCAAGCGCUUAUCCAACAAACUUUGGCCGUCCACCACCCGGCACCCAUCGGUUCCUUCAUCUAACACCAAGCAGUCCACGGACCAGCAGAAGAAUUCCGAGCACGAGGAUAGCUCCGUAACCAUAGAAGCUCGAGACUAUUCUACAGAAUUAAGUGUCACUAUCGCAGUUGGAGCAUCCUUACUCUUUCUAAACAUCCUGGCCUUUGCAGCUCUCUAUUACAAGAAGGACAAGCAUCGUUUUGAGGCCACUCGCCGUCCGAGUCCACCGAGGAACCUUGCUAAUGAUGUACAAAGGGUUCCAAAUGAGGAUCUAAUGUCCUUGCAGAUGAAGCAACUCGAUCACGGCCACGAUCACGAUUGCGAGUCAUUGCAAGGGCAUGACAUGCUCCGUCUCACUUGUCCUCCGGACUACGCCCUUACUUUACGCCGUUCUCCGGAUGACUUCCCAAUCAUGACGUCAAACACCAUCACCAUGAUUCCAAAUUCUCUCUCUGUGAUUCAGUCGCCAUACCAUCCUUUUAACCCAUAUGCCAACAGUACGCCAAGCAAUACCGGCCUCCCACACGGACACUCUACCACUAGAGUAUAACUCAGUGCCAACGACUGUACUUUACAAGCAGCAGAUUAUUAUUUAAGUCAAACAGAGUGCACCUGGUUGUUUGGAGACAAGCACUAAAGGUGUUAUUUUAUUACUGACUACUCCAUGAACUAUCUCAAAUAACCUGUAUAAUGUGAACAAUGAAUGUAAUGAUUUUCACAUUUAAGGCAAAGCCAAGUAAGCUGAGGACUCUUCUUUAAUCCCUAGCACUAUGAUACCCUGUAUGAAAACCCAUCGUUUCUGUCCUGAUCUCUUUGCGUAGAUUGUAAAGUGAUCUUCUGAGAUCCCCUCAAUCCUAAAUCACUGAUAUCAUCAGUUUUAUGAUUGGUUGCUCUGGUAGAAACAAUAGUAGCAUUAGCCAUGGUCAUCAUGGCUGUCUUUAGUACUGAGAUCAAUAUUUACUGAUCAUUAUUUAUUGAGAUAAAAGUUUUGCUAUAAUUAGGCUUGUGCAAAAUUGAUUUUUACUUCACCAUUUAAGAAAAAAUUUACCAUCCAGUACCAAAAACAAUCAUUUCUUCUAUUUCAGGUUUAAGGAUUCUAUAGCAAUGGGUUUUAUGCUAAUGAACUCAAAGCAUUUAUGCUAAGAGCAUAAUAGAUGAUGGAAAAGGGGCGGGGCUUACAGUAGGUUUUGGUUAAUUUAGGCAAGUCCACAUAACCUACUUGAAUCUUUCCAGACGAAGAUGUUGAUUGGCUUUUGAUCUGUUACAUGGUAACUUGUACUUUGUUAAAUGUCAGCACUCCUACACAAAUGUUCAGUGGAUGUUGUGUAGAGAAGACUUAGAGAAGACUUAGAGAAGACUUAGAGAAGACAGAGAAGACUUAGAGAAGACAGAGAAGACUUAGAGAAGACUUAGAGAAGACUUAGAGAAGACUCAGAGAAGACUCAGAGAAGACUCAGAGAAGACUUAGAGAAGACUCAGAGAAGACUCAGAGAAGACUCAGAGAAGACUCAGAGAAGACUCAGAGAAGACUUAGAGAAGACUCAGAGAAGACGUGAUGUUGCACAAUCCUAAUUAUAAUGUCUCCUCAUAAUGGCAUUGUCUAAGCGUCCAAGGGAACAUAAAGAGAUCCAGAAAUCAUUGUUAUUCUCAUCCAGUUUAAAUCCAGACAAAGAGAUCAGAGUGCAGUGUAAAUAUCUGAGCCAUGUACCGAGUUCAAAUACUGUAAAUCUUAUGAGUUUAGCUCCUAAAAUCUAUUGCCCUUAAACAGGGCAAUAAUCCCAUUUCUCAGUCCAAAUACCGUUUAUUUAAGAGUCUAAAGUAAUGUAUAUAGCUUAGGAUAAAGCACAAAAUGAAGAAAAGGCUAGUGCUUGUAUUGUUGCUUCCCUUCUAAAGACCCUUUGCUUCUCAUGCAGACGCCGUCUAUCUUUUCCGUUUCAUUUGUUCUUAACAUGCUGUUGGUGUUGUAGCUCUCAUUCUCAUGCUGUUCGCUUAACUCUGUGCCUCAAAGGCUAAAUGUCUUUUGUGAUUUUCAAAAACGUCCAAAAAUUGAGAACCUACUUGUGUGAAUGUCAAACUUUGCCAGUCCUCAGGAAGUGUCAACAGACAUGCUGUCAUUUAUUUACUGCCGACACGUUACCGUGGAGACGAGCCGCAGGAUUUUAUAGCCCAGCUGUUUUUAUCCACGUCCGCAUUUUGUAGCUCGUUAUACUGCAACGAAAGGUUUGAUUUAAACCUGACCGCAGUUAGAGUUCCAGAUUUUAGUACCAUACACUCAGCUCUUGCUUCAUUUAUAGAGAAAUUGAUGUGUGAUGCUCAAUGUCUCCACCAUUAAAGUCUCCCAAGGGCAAGGAAUCAGAGACGCUUGUCAGAAGCAUUCUCCCAUCUGCAGUGUGUAGAUGUCAUACAGCACAGCCCUUUAAAAACACUGCUCUGAAAUUCUUAACUCUUAUCAGAUUGAUGCAAUUUAGCAAAAAAAGGUGUUUUUUAUUUAUUUAUUUUUUGCUAACCUUGAGACUUCAAAUAGAGAGAUGAGUUUUCCAUCCCAAAAAGGUUCAGGUUUCAGACAUGAAAGACUGAAAAAGGAAACAGAUGCAAAUAAACAUCUGUAUGGACCAAGCACCAUUGUCAAGUCGUGCUCCUUGAUUACUUUAUCUUAUCAGAUCCUAUUGGCUGAUGAUGGUUCAGCUUAUUAAUAAUCAGUUCAUAAUGAAACCUCAGAUACGCAGUCCACCACAUUUCAGCUUGAUCAGACUUCGGGGAUCAGAUCAGCUCAGUAAUUUGACAGCUUUUUGUGAAGAUGUGACAUCAAAUCAUAGGACUAGUUCACAGAUGUAGUUUUUGGAUAUUUGCUCAACAUCUACGCUCUUGAGACGUUCUUGUUUGGUGGAAAAAAAUAAGUUUUAACAGUAGAACUCAAGGUCAAGAGGUAAAAAGAAACAUGAGCUACAGUGCCACCAUCAGGCCAGUCUGACGCAUGCAGCCAGACCAAUAUACAGCAUAUAGGAAGAAGAAAAACAACAACCAGAACAAAUGAGACAAACAACAUGGUCUCAGCAUUUUAGGUGCUUGGACCCCUAACUAUCGCUGAAGGCUCAUGAGCUUCACAAACUCUCAGUUGCAUGUCAGGGGGUGUGGCCUAUUAUACAGUUAUUAUAUGCAUUGAUGAUUAUGCAUAAAGAUGGGAGAAAGAAGAGAAUAUUUUUUUUGUUUUCUCAUUUCACCAUUGUGUGUUUGGCUUCUGAUGCUUAGAUUGAGGGUUUUUGUUCUUUAUUAUAAUGGCAGUCCUGUACAUAUUUAACCUUCUCCUGUAUUUUUGAGCUGGAUUUCUUUAAUCUGAGGAGAGACUAUAUACUAAAAGUAUUCUUUUAAUCUACUAUAAAUGUCCAUUGUAUUCUAAGUAACAGUUCAAAUUGAGCUGACAGUAAAGUUUUGUUGAACUCUGUGCUUGUUGUAGUAGGUCUACACCAGGACAGGUCAUUACAGGUCAAAUACAACUUCAGGCUUCACAGAGUAAAACAGCUCUGAUGUGAUGCUGGUGUUGUAACAGAGGAGUCAUGUGAUGGAUGUGAUUGUCUAUAAGGAAACGAAUAAACAGGACUAACAAACCUCUCGGCCCAGUGCAGAAAUUCACAUUCUUUG